GUACUGGGUGUGCAGGCAGCUGGAUCAGUCUGGGUUGGGGUCAGGGGUUCUCAGAUGCCAUCAACUGGCAGCUGCUGCGUGGGGGUGUGACUCCCCCAAGGGAGAGGGUCCCUAAGAGGCUGGGAAGGGUGGACCUGGGGCAGGGUGGGCAGGGAGCCCAGAGAGUAGGUCCUGUCCAGAUGGGGGGACAAGGCGGAUGCGUUCAUGUCCCCAGAGUGCCAAACCCCAGUGCUGGGUGGUGCCUGCUACCCCCCACACCUCUGGGGUGCCUCUGUACCCCUCUUGUCUUGUACCAAGGGGGCGCACUGUCCGCACCCACCUGUUGCUCACUGCUGUGCUUUCCCUGCAGGUCUGAGUUCACCGACACCAUCCUCUCUGUGCACCCCUCUGACGUGCUGGACAUGCCCGUGGACCCGAAUGAGCCCACCUACUGCCUGUGCCACCAGGUGUCCUAUGGGGAGAUGAUAGGCUGUGACAACCCAGACUGUCCUAUUGAGUGGUUUCACUUCGCCUGUGUGGACCUGACCACGAAACCCAAAGGAAAAUGGUCCCAGGGCCCUCUCGGCCUGCCCGCCUGGCUGGGUGUGCCUCACGCCAUGUUCCGCGCACCAUGCUCCACGCGCUUGGUCGCCAGCGUGGCUGUGGGUGUCGCCUCCACUCUGAUCACUGACGACCCCGGCAUCACACAGGGACGACCAGUUAACUUGAUGGUUCUGUCCACGGUGCGUUCAGGAAAGGAGGAAGAAGAAGUAAGGCUGAUGCCUGGACUAGAAGAGCAAGUUAAUAUAUUCCUUCUUCAUGUUGCAAUAUUUUCUCUUCAUUUUAAAACUACCUUGUUUCAAAUGAUAUUUAAAAACUCAGUGGCCAGUUGUAAUUCUGGAUACUUCCUAAAACAAACAAGAAUCCACCUGAGCCCUGUUUGCACGAGGAGCGAUCUAACGGAGCGAUCUAACGGGGACUCGCCACAGUGACUUCAUUAUUGGAGACUUUGUACUGGCCCCGCGUCAAGCCCAGCAGGCGCGCGUCAAGCCCAGCAGGCGCGCCGAGGAGCCGAGCCUUCUGUGGGGGCUGCGGCGGGGACCGCCCAGCUUGUGCAGUACCGUCACUCUGCAGCUGAGGCGUGAGCCUGCGAGGUCUGUCCCUGCUUCCUGGGGCUGCACCCAGUACCUCUGGAAGCACAUCUGUCCCCGCUGAGGUGCCUACGCUUGUGGGACGUGGCGAGGCCUUACUGGAGGGCGUCUGCCGCGUCCGAGCUCUGGGCCAGGGCCCCUGGCCUGCCUGGGAAGGGCGGGCUCUCCCUGGAGGAGGAGGUCUCUGCUUCGCUGUGCACUGCCUUUUUCGUCUGGACUCCCAGUUCCCUCUGUGAGGGUUUUACCUUCUGGAGUAAAUGGCUCUUCAUUAGCACACGGGUGGUCAUUACCGUGACCGGUCCGCAAGAGACGUGUGACAGACAGCUGAUGAUCCGUUUCUCUGGGAAUUCUCUGACGUUUUUACUGUGAAGAUGAAAUUAUCGUAAUAGCAUGAAGAUCGUGGGUCUGUGUGUAUGUGAAGUGAGUCCAGUCCAGUAAGAGCUGAUUUUUCUAAACCUGUUAUGUCGUACACCAGUCAGCAGCUCAUGUCCGAGGGGACAACGAUUAUGUGAUGCGAUUUGUGAAUUUCUUGUGCCACGCAGUUCUGGAAUGAAACUAGGAAACUAGAGUGUGUUUUCUGUUUAAUCUGCAUUCACCAAACCAAUCUUGAACCCUGUUUUGGGGAAUAAUUGGGGGAAAUUGCAUAUGUUUGGUGUGCUGAGAUCCGUUUGUGAUGGUGCAUAGUGUGACUUCUGGGAGCAUGCGUGGACUCUGAGAUCCUCCAGCAUAUGUUUAGAGGAGCCUGAGGAGUCCCGAAGAAAGAGGGAAACCUGUUUCUGUCCUCGAGGCAGGAAAAGAAAUCCAGGUGGCGGAGUCGAGAUGUCAAAUUCCCAAUUGAAGAAGAAUCUUGUCUUCUUUAUCAGGAGGCCUUCUGGAACGGUGCAGCUGCUUCCUCCAGUGGCCUUGUUUACCGAAUGUUCCCUCCUGUUCUCUAAUACUUCACCAAGGACAGGAGAUGACAUGGAGAGAAACUUGGGGGACUGUGUCCUGCAUGGGCCACUCCUCACCAAGGCAGUUCCUGGUCGGUAAAUGAGAGCUGAAUGUUAACUCCGACGUCAGAGGGCAGGGAGGGUCCCGGUCGACCCCGGGUCUGUGGUUCUUGGCGUGGCAGCCUGCACCAGACCUGCUGUCCUGCCGUCCUUUCUGGGGCUUCCAGGGGACUGACUGCAGGUGAGGUCAGUUCGGAGAGGGCCACCCUUUCCGUCCUGGGCUGGGUGGUUAGGGUAGGGGGUCAGCAGCUGGCCUGACAAGCUAUCCCGGAACCGAAGCCCUCCUCCUGCUCGGAAAGGAGGGGUGGGGGCCUCCGAAUGCACGCCGGCCAGCACAUGCGCCUCCAUCUCAGCCGCAGCCGAAAAUGAGGCUUGUUUGUAUUUAGUAACUUAGCUUUUUGUUAACACAGGUGUUUAAAGAUUGUGGGGAAUAAAUUGUGGAAAAUUGUUUUCUUCACUCUUCUAUCAGUUUUUGUGGAGAGGAUAGGUAAGUACAUGAGUUUGUGAUGAUUCUUUGGAAGGUAGUUUAAUAUUUGCACUGCAUCUUAGAACACUUCCCGGCUGCCGCCAUCAUGGGGAAACCGGUGCCUGGGGGUGUGGGCUGAUGGCUGGGCAGGGCCCUCCCUCACUGCGCAGGAGGGACCCUGACUUCCCUGUCGGGAGCUGGAAUGUGAUGCCGUCCUCCGCUGGUCGCCGUGUAACGGCCCAGCUGCUGGCUUUCUCUUUGUAGGUUCUGUGCCUGGCUGUCUCUAGUGUUUGCUUUUGUCGGUUGCAUAAAUAUCUCCAAAACAACACCCAUAGAUAGAGCUUUGGAGACAAUAAGACAUGAGCAGAGUAGGAAGAUUUAUUCCCUGGAAUGCCGUUUGGACCAGCACGGGUCCGCUGCCCCUCCCUGACUGUGAACGCCGCCGUGACAACGCUGUUUGCUUGGGAAAGACUUUGUCCUGCCACCUGGCCCGGCUCCAGCCCCGUGGGGGUGGUGGGCGCCAGCCGAGGAUCGCCCCGUGAGGCCUGGCCACCUACCUCGGGGUGAUGCCCACCAGACCCUGUCUGCCUGCCGGGCACCAGAUCCGACCCGGAGGCGGCUGCAGAGCCCUGUCCCUUGGGUUGAGGGGGGUCUGGGCUGGGCCCAGAGGUCCCUGUUGCAGCUGCACCUGAGCCAAGGGUGCGGGCCCUCCACAGCUGUGGGGUUUCCUUGUAGGGAAGGAGCCCCUUGUUCAGAGGGGACUCAGCAUGUUCCUUGCUCUCAGCGCUCUGUUAGCAGUCAGCAGUUUGACCAAUAGCCUCUCGUUUUCCUCUGGAACAACACGUGCUACACUUACAAAAGUAAUUUGUUAAAGUGAGCCCCCCACAUCCGUGGUUGUGCUCAUGGAGCUGCUGCAGACCCUGAGCUGAGGCCUGUGUGACUGGGGUCCCCGGGUGGGCAGGUGUGAUAUGCCACUGGCCACGGCCACGGGAGCCUGGUGGCUUCCGGUCUGCACAGGAAUGACGGGGGUUUGCUGGGACGCGUGGGGACGGUGGCCUCGUCCUGGGCGGCCACGCGGCACUCCCGACUGGUAGCUGGCAGCCCUGGCAGGGUCUGCCUCGAGCAAUAACACUGUCCGGAGAACAGCUUCCCCGUGUGGCCGCGGCCAGAAGUCGGACACUCGCUGCGGGCCUUGGACAUAGGAGGUUUUUCUCAGUUGUUAGUGAGCCAUGACUGGUCCCGUUACCUGUGCCGAGAGGAGUUUUAAAACAGAAAGUCUAAGAAAAAUGUUCUCAUUCGGGAGAGAGUUAUGUGAAGUUUCUUUCUUCCUACAAAUGUAUUUUGUGGUGUUCACUUUUACCACAUUUCAUCCAAAAAGAUGAUGCAGCUUUAACAUGAAUGUUACAUUUUAUUUUCAAGGAAUUAUCUAUGUUCCCUUUGUAAAGGAAAGAUAAUAUUGUAAAUCUUUUUAUUAAAUAAUGUAAAGAUGUAUAUCUGUAUUUUUGGAUCAUGUUAUAGAUUAUGGAUAUAUUGUUUAAUAAAUAAAGUAUUUUUUGGAACAAA